ACCUUUUUUAAAACGUUUUUCCCUGCAGGAAUUUGUGCUUUGUAUGAGAGGAAACUCAAGGAACUGAACCCAGCCAUCAGAGAAAUUACAUACGAUAUUUCAGAUCUUUACAAUUUCAUAGAUGGGCUUGCUGAUAUGAGUGCUCUAGUGUAUGAUCACUCACUCCAGGCUUACCUGCCCUAUGACCGACAAUGGAUAAAACAGAAAACAUUGCAACACCUGAAAAGGCUGGCAUCACAUUGAUUAUUGUUUUGAACGCUAGUUUCUGUCUACCAUAUUGUUAAAUUUCCUGUUGGCUUUUAUGAAGAAAAGAGCCGUGAACUGGAGGGUCAGAGUGUAAGAAUCUCUUACGAUGGGAACACUAUGUAUAAUAUGCUUCUUUUCCCUGAAAUCCAAAUCCUAUCUGCAAAAUUUCAAGUGGAAACCAACUGUUGUCGGAACAGCACGCUGUACUGGCCUUGCAAUUUGAAUCGUGGAUGUAUAAUUUGCAUAAGUUCUGUAAAUUGUACGAGCAUUUUGAACGUGAUAGUGAUUUUAUGAAACUUCCUGUACUUUUAAGCUACUUUUAGUGGAUAUAUAUAUAUACAAGUUUAUCUAUGAUAAA